CUCUUUCUCCCCUGGCACCUACGAUCCACUGCCAAUCACUUGUCACUCUUUGCCCGCUGCAGUUGUUGAGGCCUUGUUUUCGUCUCACCUUCUCCAUUUCAUCAUCCUUCACUCCCCCCACUUGCCGCCUCUCGUCGCACUGCGCUUAUAGCUUUCCAUUGCUCUGUUGUCGACUACAGCCAAGAGCAGGAUUUUCCAACUCAAUCGACGAUACACACAGAACUGGCACUGACCUCAGACAUUGGGUUUUUUUUGGCCAGAAAUCGCUGGCGACGACGUCGUCCAGUCCUGCCAGCACCAUCGAAGGGCUGCACCCCCACCACGCAACCAACUGACCACUUUCUCUUCCUCCCCUCCCUCGACCAGCGCUCGACCAGCCUUGCUGUGCCGUCUCGAGUGCCGAGCUUACCGUGCGACAUGACAAGGUAGCGCCAUGCUCAUACCACAGCGCUUUCACCGCAUUGUUCCCGCCGUUGUCGUCCUCUUCCUCUGCCUCUUCCUUCUUUCAUCCACCCGCUUCCGAGACGCCGCCCUCAACAGCUCCAUAACGACCAAGCUUACGGGCACAGACAAUGGUGGUGGCAACGGCGCCGAGAAAUCGCAGGCUGCCCUGGAAGAGGAGGCAAAGUUCGGCACCCCGCCUGGGGGCAGCACGCUGCGCCCGCCCCUCGCGCCGGGCCAGUGCAGUCCAGACAUCGAGUUCCUGAGGCGGCAGGAACUGGGCCUGACGGACAACAUCCUCUACUCCAGGCGCUGCGUCACGCCCAAGUUCUCCAGCAAUAUCGACCGCGAGGCCAUCACCAGGCUCGAUACGCCCCUGAUGACCGACAGGACUACCAUCAACCUGACUUCGUGCUCCCAUGUCGAAUCCCUCCCCUGCGAGCCACUUACCAUCCCCGUCCCUCCUGCCUACCCGAAGCAGACCUUUGAGCACUUCAUCUUUGGUGUCGCCACAUACCACGACCGCAUGAUCGAGGCCCUACCCGCCUUCGACCACUGGCUGGCUGGGAGUGGAGCUCCCCUCGUGGCUGUCAUUGUCGACCACGCCCUCCACGACCUCUCCGCCCUCGAGAGCCUGUUUGAACAACACAACAUCAAGCUCAUCACCGUCCACGGCGAGCCACAGCUCACCAUCGACCAAAACCACUUCAUCACCCUGCGACCCACCGUGCAGAACAUCGGCCCGCAGACAAAAUGGGUGGGCAUCUUGGACGAUGACACGUUCUUCCCAUCGCUCUAUGCCCUAAGCGAUGCGUUUAGUGUCCACGACCACACCAAGGAGGUAUGGCUGGGCCAGCUGUCGGAAGACUUCUACUCGGUCCGGUCGUGGGGUUUCUUCGCUUACGGGGGUGCCGGGGUUUUCCUGUCGGUGCCGCUAGCCAAGAAACUGGAACCCUUCCAGGAGCAGUGCCUCGAGGAGGCCGCCCUCCCGUCGGGCGACGGCAUGCUGCGCGACUGCGUGUACUAUCACUCCAAGACGAAGCUGACACUGGUGCCGGGCCUGCACCAGCAGGACAUGAGGGGCGACCUGUCUGGCUUUUUCGAGGCAGGCCUGAAGCCCCUUUCACUGCACCACUGGAAGAGCUGGUACGAGGAGCCCGUGUUCCGGAUCGCCGAGGUGGCCAAGCUGUGCGGCGACUGCUUCCUGCAGCGGUUCCAGUUUGGCGAGGACACCCUCUUCUCCAACGGGUACUCCAUCGCGCUGUACCGCAAGGGCCUGCAGGACCUGAACCUGGACUGGAUGGAGGCGACGUGGAACCAGCACGGGCCCGAGUUUGACUUUAGCAUCGGGCCGCUGCGCCCGGCCCUCAAGAAGCAUGAGAAAAGGAGCUAUCGACUCAAGGACGCCGAGUGGCUUGCGGACGGGCGCCUCCGGCAGAUCUACGUGUACAAGCGAGACUGGCAGAGCGGCGAGGAGAUGGACGAGGUGAUAGAGCUACUGUGGGAUCCGAGCGGCAAGGGCUCUCAUUGAAGCACGCUGUUUGUCUCUUCCACACCUCAAAGUACCUACGGCAGGGCGUUGUGACUGCAGAUGCUGUGUGUUAGGUGCAGGUGGACAGCUCUGGGCACCUAGUGGGUUUCCGUCUUGCAUUUUUGUCUUUUCCUAGCCUUUUGGCUUUGCUAUUUUCUUUGGCUGUUGCUCGGUCGUGGCGUCUGGCGUCUCUACCUCAUACCGCGUAUUCGCGUCUGGCAUGCUGUAGUGGGUUACAUAAUGAAUGCCCACUGAGGAAUGGAGAGAGGAGAGAAGAAGAACCGAGAUCUCCAGGGUACAUAUCAAAUCAGUACAGAAGCCAAGGUCUGAAAUACUGUCAAUAGGCAUCUACCAUGAAAAGUAUAUCAACAUUG